AUGGAUAAAAUUUAGCAAAAAACACAAGCUUUGAACAAAUACGCAAAGAGAAUCCCUAAACUGGACAUGAUCUCAGAGAAGACUAAGUUGGAACCAGGCCUUAUUCUCGCUAUCAUAUUGGCAUUAACUCUACUUAUAUUCCUUGUACUUUUUGGCGUGUAGCUAGCCACUCUUUACAUUACUAUCCUGUAUCCUGGAUAUAACACUCUCUAAGCACUAGAGAGAAAAAAGAAUGAAACUGAUUGGCUUAUUUACUGGACUUUAUUCGGCAUUUUCUCUCUUUUAGAGGAGUUGCUAUGUUUUGUGUUCAAUAUGAUUCCAUUAUAUUGUAUUGUAAGACUUGUAUUCUUUGUGUAUUUAUGGCUUCCAAAGACACAAGGUGCUCUAGUCAUUUAUGAAAUGGUAGUCAGUCCUCUAUUCGCUGAAAACAGAGCCAAACUUAGAGUUUAGAUUCAAAAGUCUCAAUCUUUAAAGCCAAAUGUUUCAGUUGAAGAUAAAGAGACUUUUGAUCCAUACACAAAAUCAAAUACUUUAAAAGAUUCACAAGUCUAAGAAGGGAAAAUUGAUGAAUAGACAGUAAUAAAAGAUGACUACAUUUAAUAGUCAGAGUCGAAUACUGAUGAUGGCAGUAAUGCAUAUGCUAAGCCCUUUUGA